GGCGACCCCGCCGGGCCGGAAGUGGGCGGCGCGCGCGGCGCGACGUAUUUCCGGCGGGGAGCUGGCGGCUGCCGCGGAGGGGAGUCGGUGGCGCGGCGGCCCAGGAACAGCUGGGGGCGAUUAAUCUUCAGCGAUGUCGUUCAUUUUUGAAUGGCUCUACAACAGCUUCAGCAGCGUGCUGCAGUUCCUAGGUUUAUACAAGAAGUCUGGAAAACUCGUGUUCCUGGGCCUGGACAAUGCUGGCAAAACCACUCUGCUGCACAUGCUCAAAGACGACAGGCUGGGCCAGCACGUCCCCACACUACAUCCCACAUCAGAGGAGCUGACAAUUGCUGGAAUGACCUUCACCACUUUUGAUCUGGGUGGACACGAGCAAGCUCGCCGGGUCUGGAAGAACUACCUGCCUGCCAUCAACGGCAUCGUCUUCCUGGUGGACUGUGCAGACCACUCACGUCUUAUGGAAUCCAAAGUGGAGCUUAAUGCACUCAUGACAGAUGAAACAAUAUCCAACGUGCCAAUCCUCAUCCUGGGGAACAAAAUCGACAGACCAGAGGCCAUCAGCGAGGAGAAACUGCGGGAGAUCUUCGGGCUCUACGGACAGACCACGGGCAAGGGCAACGUGCCGCUGAAGGAGCUGAACGCGCGUCCCAUGGAGGUGUUCAUGUGCAGCGUGCUGAAGAGGCAAGGCUACGGCGAGGGCUUCCGCUGGCUAUCGCAGUACAUCGACUGACGCCCCCGCCCCAGGCCUCUGCUCCUCCGGACUG